UUUCCGCUAUAAAACACAAAGAAAUUGUGAAAAAUUCUGUGUAAAUAUAUAGUUCAAGUGUUUCUACGUCGAAAUUAUAUGAAUUAAGUAUGGCUCGAUACAAUCAAAGACCGGAAAAUGCUUUAAAAAGGGCGAAUGAAUUUAUUGAAGUGGGCAAACCUGUGCGUGCCUUGGAUACGCUGCAAGAAGUGUUUCGCAACAAACGCUGGAACUAUGCAUAUUCGGAGACAGUUAUUGAGCCACUCAUGUACAAGUACUUGUACUUGUGCGUGGAGCUCAAGAAGUCUCACAUUGCCAAGGAAGGUCUGUUCCAGUACCGUAAUAUGUUCCAGUUGGUGAACGUCAAUUCGCUGGAAAAUGUUAUUCGUGCCUACUUGCGUAUGGCUGAGGAGCACACUGAGGCUGCUCAGGCCCAGUCUUCGGCUGCUGUUGCCGUCCUCGAAUUGGAUGACUUGGACAAUAUUGCAACUCCGGAAAGUAUUCUCAUGAGCGCUGUGUGCGGCGAGGAUGCUCAGGAUCGUUCGGACCGUACCAUCCUGCUGCCAUGGGUUAAAUUUUUGUGGGAAUCCUAUUGUCAAUGUUUGGAGUUAUUACGUAUUAAUACCCACUGCGAGGCUUUGUACCACGACAUUGCUCGCAUGGCAUUCCAAUUUUGCUUGAAAUAUAAUCGCAAGAGUGAGUUCCGUCGUUUGUGCGACAAGUUGCGCAAACAUUUGGAAGACAUUUGCAAGAGCACCAAUCAAACCACUGGUGUUUCCAUUACCAAGUUGGAAACUCAACAAUUGUGUCUUGAAACCAGAUUGUAUCAGUUGGACUGUGCCAUCCAAAUGGAAUUGUGGCAGGAAGCUUAUAAGGCUAUCGAGGAUAUUCAUGGCCUUAUGGCUUUGUCGAAGAAGGCUCCCGUCCCCAGGACAAUGGCCAAUUAUUAUCAAAAAUUGGCUAUGGUUUUCUCUAAGGCCGGCAAUCAAUUGUUCCAUGCUGCUGCCUUAUUGAAGCUCUUCCAAUUGACUCGCGAGUUGAAGAAGAAUUUGUCCAAGGAAGAUAUGCAGCGUAUGGCUUCCCAUGUCUUAAUUGCAACCUUGUCCAUUCCAUUGCCAUCUGCUCAUCCCGAAUUUGAUCGUUUUAUUGAAGCAGAUAAGAGUCCCUUGGAAAAGGCCCAAAAAUUGGCUGUGUUGUUGCAUCUCCAACAACCACCCACCAGGGCUUCUCUGCUUAAGGAAGUGGUUCGCCUAAGUGUGCCACAAUUGGCAUCUGAAGAAUACCGCAAUUUGUACAACUGGCUCGAGGUUGACUUCAACCCCCUUAAUUUGUGUCAACGCGUUCAGACUGUGGUGGAUGCCAUUGAGGCAAUUCCCGGUGAAAAUCCCUUAGCACCCUAUGUACGUCCCUUGAAGGAUGUCACCAUUAUGCGUUUGAUCCGUCAAAUAUCCCAAGUCUAUGAAAGCAUUGAAUUCGAUCGCCUCUUGAAAUUGGCCCCAUUCAGCAAUAUUUUCGAUUUGGAGAAAUUAUUGGUGGAAUCCGUUCGCCACAAUGACAUGCAAAUCCGCAUCGAUCAUCAAAAGCGUUGUAUCUACUUUGGUACUGACCUAACUGAAAGCCAACGUGAGGAUCAUCCUGAUGGUCCCACAUUGCAGUCUAUGCCUUCCGAGCAAAUCCGUUCGCAAUUGGUCAACAUGUCCACCGUGUUGCAUCGCGCCGUAUCCAUUGUCUAUCCCAAUCGCGAACGUGAUCAACGGGCUAAGUUGCGCACCCAAAUGGUGCAACACUACCACGAGAUCAAGGAUCGUGAACACCAACGCAUUCUGCAGCGUCAAAAGAUCAUUGAAGACCGUAAGGAAUUCAUUGAGAAGCAGAAUAACGCACGUGAAGAGGAAGAGGCCCGUCGGUUAGAGGAAGAAGCUCGCAAAGCCAAAUUGGCCGAGCAGAAACGCCUCGAGCAAGAAAACGAAGAACGCGAGCGCAAGCGUCUUCAAAACCAAAUUCAGGCUAUCAAGGAUAAGAGCUUGAAGGAGAAGUGCGAACAGAUAGCUAAAACUGCUCAUGGCAAGAAAUUGCUGAAGAAACUGGAUGAUGAGGCAAUCAAGAAAUUGGAUGCUGAACAGAUUGCACAACGCGAAUCUGAAGAACUGCAAAGAGAACGCAAGGAAUUGCAGAACAAAAUCAAAUCUCAAGAAAAGAAGAUCGACUACUUCGAACGUUACAAGCGUAUGAAGGAAAUUCCGCUCUUCGAGAAAUAUUUGAGCGAAAAAAUGGUUAAGGACAAAGAAUUUUGGGAGGCCCAAGAGGCAACGCGCAUAGAAAAUGCUAUUUUGGAGCGCAAGGAUGCUGUUGCUCAGCAAGAGCGUUUGAAGCGUAUGCAUCCCGAUCGUGACGUAUUCUUGGAAACCUUGAAGAAGGAACGCGCCUCCAUUUAUGCCAAGAAACUUGAACAGUUCGAAAUUGCCUUGGCCGAAGAACGCAAGAAGCGUUUGGCCAAACGUGUCGAACAAAGACGCGAACAACGUCGUCAGCAGUGGCUGCGCGAAAAGGAAGAGGAGCGUAUGCGCAAAGAGGAGGAAAUUCGUCGUGCCAAGGAAGAAGAAGAGCGUGCUAUUGCCGAAGCUCGUCGCAAGGAAAGGGAGGCUGAGGACGAGAAACGCCGCAUCCAAUACGAGAAACAACGUGCCAAGGAAGAAGAGGCCGAACGUAGAAUUCAAGAGGAAAGAGAACGUUUGGCUCGUGAAGUGGCCGCCGAACGUGAACGUGAGAAGCCUGCCGAUAAAGGAAGAGAUGUUUGGCGCGCACGUGGUGGAGACCGUGGUGUUGAACGUGGUCCCGAAAGACGCCCAGAACGUGAGGGUGCAUCGGAAGGUGCUUCCGAAUGGCGCCGUGGUGGUGCACCACCAGCUGCUGGCGAUCGUGACCGUGAACGUAAGGAUGCUGGCGAGUCGAACGAUGGUGGCAGCUCAUGGCGUACACGUCGCGAAGCUGAAGCAUCGGCCGCUACCCCAGCAUCACGUGAUGAUAAAUGGCGCCGUGGCGGUGCAACUGAUGAACGCCCACGUGGUGGAGAAUUCAGACGCGGCGGUGCUGGUGGUGAACGUGAGGAUCGUCCUCCUCGUGGUGGUGGCGAAUUUAGACGUGGCGGCGAUCGUGAUGAUCGCCGUGAAGGACGUCGUGAUGAAAAUACCACCGGAAAUUGGCGUGAUGCUCCACGUCCCACAGCUGACCGUGAUAAUCGUGACAAUCGUCGCCCUGGUGGUGAUCGUGACCGUCGUGAGCGUACCGAUCGCAAUGCAGCCGCUGGUGGUGGUGCCAAGGAUUCAGGAAAUUGGCGAACUGAACGUCCUCCAGCACGUGAGGAAAAGGAGGAGCCUAAACGUGAACAACAAGACAAGGAAAACAAGAGCGCAGAUGAUGGUGAAUGGACCAAUGUCAGACGUCGUUAGGAAAAUAAACAUCUUUC